AUGGCAACCGAGACCCAGACCAAUGGUACUGCCGAUGAUCUCUUUGAUGAGCCGGUCAACGGCAUCGAUGUUAACACGACUGGGGGAUCAAAACCCAUCACCAACGGCCACCACACAGUUUCAGACAUGCCAUCACCAGCGGUAGAUCCUGUCAUCCACCCCAUAACUGAUGUCUCCAGUGGCAUCGAAGGCAUUGCCUCGUUCCUGCCUGACCAGACAGACAACAACUCGCUUUUUGGUGAUGAUCUUGUGCAGUCAGUGACAGAGGCUACCGAAGCGCCAACCUCGGAUGUACGCGACGAACCGGCACCCGCGCCAGCAUACACUCAGGCAACGAGCGAUAGCACGCAACAAGUUCCUGAAACACAAAUCGCAUCCUCGAUUGAGCCAGCUUCGGCAGAUGUAAUGGACACCGCCGCUGAUGCGCCUGAGGAGAUGCGGGACACAGCUCCCACCAAACCGAUGAAGGAGCUCUCUCUUCAGCCGGAGUCUAAAAUGCCUGUGAAAGCAGAAGCAUCUGCAGAUGCAGACCAGGCUAUGGAGGAUGCACCACAAUCCGGCAAGGUGCGACCUCGAGAAGAUUUCGAAGAAGGGAAUGAGGAUAUCGCGCCAGAAGCGAAGCGAACCAAGACCGAGGAGGCGUCAAGCUCGCAGGUAGACAUCAAGUCUGAGUUACCGUCGCAGCUUGUGCAGGCAAAUGGUUCCAGCACACCACGUGGUGAUGGUACAGCUACACCGAGGGGGAUAGCCACUGUGAUCUCGUCAGAACCGUCAGGUGUACAUCGCGCCGCCGACUAUGAGCCGUGGCCAACAACAACCAUGACUCAAGCGCAGAACAAGUUCUUGCUCGAGCGUAUAAGAAACACGAAGAAGAUCAAGGUCUCGUUGGCGUUCAAGGAUCCCGUCGACCCCGUGGCGCUGAACAUCCCUACCUACUCCCAGAUCGUAACAAAGCCGAUGGACUUGUCGACGAUGGAGGUCAAGCUGAAGGAGAACAAGUACACUUACGUCAAAGAGUUUAUGGAGGACCUCGACCAAAUGAUUGAGAAUAGCGAGUUGUUCAACAACAAGCAGCAUCCGGUCACGCAGGCUGGUUACAACCUGCGUGCAUACUUCCUGAAAGGUAUGGGCAAGAUGCCGAGGGGUACCGUAGACGAGCCGCCAAAACCGGUCAAGGCCAAGAAGCCAUCGGUGAGCACGGCGCCAAAGGCGGCACGACCACGAGAGUCGAAGCCGGCACCACCCACCGUGAAAUCACCUACUGCGGCAGCAUCACCUCCAGCGGCAUGGCCUCUGGGACAGGAUGGCAUGCCUCUGAUCAGGCGCGACUCCACUAGUGCAAAUGAUCGGCCUAAGCGAGAAAUCCAUCGCCCUUCGAAGGAUCUGCCGUACGCGAAUGCCAAGCCUCGCAAGAAGAAGUAUCAGCAGGAGCUGAAGUUCUGCGAGAGCAUCUUGACUGAGAUCAUGAAGCCGAGGUAUGCAAAUGUCACAUACCCAUUCAUGACGCCCGUAGAUCCUGUUGCUCUGAACAUUCCGGCGUAUCUGAAGAUCAUCAAGAAGCCCAUGGACUUCGGCACGAUCGAAAGAAACUUCAAGAACGGGGUGUAUCAGAGCGCGAAGGACUUUCAUGCGGAUUGCAUGUUGGUCUUCCAGAACUGCUACAAGUUCAACCCUGAAGGGGACGUGGUGAAUGGGAUGGGCCACGAGAUGGAGGACCUGUUCACCAAACUUUGGGCUGAAAAGGCGGCCUGGCUAGAACAGCAUGCACCCGCACCUGAGCAAUCUCCUGAAGUCUACUCGGAUGAGGAAGACGAGGAAGACGAGGACGAGGACGAGGAUGAGGAGACGGAUGCUGCGCAGGCACAAUUCCUUGCAAUCCAGCAACAGAUUGCACAGCUUAGCGAGGCAGCGCAAAAGCUGCUGAAUACCCAGAAAGGCAAGCGUGCUUCGCCGAAGGCACCAAGCAAGAAGAAGGCCAAGGCAGCUGCACCACCCAGGAAGAAGAGUGUUCCUCUUGCGGUGCCACCACCUGUAAAGGCUGGCAAGCCAAAGGCCAAGGCCAAGCCGCCGCAGCCUCUGAGCUUUGCUCAAAAGCAGGACAUCUCGGAGGGCAUCAGCACUCUCGGCGAUGCUGACAUGCGAAAGGCCGUGCAAAUCAUCAGGAAUGGCUGCCCACAUCUCGCAAAUGUGCAUGAUGACGAGAUGGAACUCGACAUGGACGAGAUCAACGACGAGACUCUGCGCGAGCUGCUGAAGUUCAUCAAGUCGCUCCGUGGUCCUAAGGGAGGCGUGACGGUUGCCGAUGAUGAUUUUGAGCCGCCGCGGCCGGUGCACAAGCAGACAACUGCGAGCAGGCCAAAGAAGAACAAGCCCAUGGGCAAGACGGAGCAGGAGGACAACAUGCGCAAGAUCCAAGAGAAGCUGCAGUCGUUCCAAGGCGGCGUCUCGGGUAGCAGCCAGUCUCCACCUGCGCAUGAAGAGGAGAGCAGCGACGACGACAGCGGCUCGGAGAGCGAGGAAGAGUAA